AUGGCUACGUUAGCCGCUGAAUGCGAUAGGUUUAAAAUAGACGUAAUUGGCAUUAGCGAAAUCAGAUGGAAUGGUACAGGUGAAUUCACAAACCAAAAGGGAGGUGUACUUAUGUACUCCGGCAUGCCCGACGAACAAGACCCUCACAUCCGAGGCGUUGCAGUUUACGUAAGAAAAAAUGUUAAGCACUCAAUCUUAUGCUGGAAAGCUAUAUCCGAAAGAAUAAUAGUAGUGCGUUUUCGCGCAAAGAAAUUCAAUAUGUCUCUAGUACAAUACUAUGCUCCAACAGAAGAUAGUCCACUUGACCAAAAAGAAGUUUUCUACAGUACGCUAGAAAGAACGCUCUCUGAAAUUCCUAGAACCAAUGUAAUUAUUCUUAUGGGCGAUUUCAAGAGAGAAUGGGGAGCUGUUUUUGGAACUUUGUAUGAAUUAUGA